UAACAUACUCCCUCCCAUCUCCAAUUGAUCGAUCUGAUCAUCCAACAAUGUGGGGAAAGACAAACAGCUAUAUCUUUUAAUCCUCAUUCUUUCCCACUCAAAACCACAAGCUAGCCUCAAGAAAAUCGAGGAUAGCUUCUUAUUACCCAUAAAAGAUCGAUCGAUUGAAUAUAUAUAGCUGACUGGCCAUGGCUGCGUCUAGUGGAAACCGAGGAUGCUGCGGCUUCGUGUCUCAGGUGAUCAAGGGCCGGUGGUUUAUGAUGUUCGCCUCCUUCCUUAUAAUGGCUGGGGCAGGGGCGACUUACCUUUUCGGGGUCUACUCCAAGGACAUCAAGUCCGUGCUGGGCUACGACCAGUCAACCCUGAACCUCCUGGGCUCCUUUAAGGACCUGGGAGCCAAUGUCGGGGUCCUGUCGGGACUCCUCGCCGAGGUGGCCCCGACAUGGUUCGUCCUCCUAGUGGGUUCCGCCAUGAAUUUUGUGGGGUACUUUAUGAUCUGGAUGUCUGUGACGCAGCGGGUGGCACGCCCUGCGGUCUGGCAGAUGUGCCUGUACAUCUGCAUUGGCGCCAACUCGCAGAACUUUGCAAACACCGGCUCCCUCGUCACGUGCGUGAAGAAUUUCCCAGAGAGCCGGGGCAUGAUGCUCGGGCUUAUGAAGGGAUUCGUGGGCUUGAGCGGGGCGAUCUUUACCCAGCUCUACCACGCAAUCUAUGGGGACGAUUCCAAGAACAUGAUCCUCCUCAUCGGGUGGCUCCCUGCAGCAGUCUCCGUGGUAUUUGUGUACACGAUCCGGACCAUGAAGGUCUCCUCGCACCCGAAUGAGCGCAAGGUGUUCUACGACUACCUCUACAUUACCCUCGCGCUGGCCUUUCUCCUGAUGGGCCUUACAAUAUCCCAGAAGCAGGUCAGUUUCUCGCAUGCUGCCUAUGUUGGGGGCACGGUUGUCAUUUGCGCAUUGACCUUUAUGCCCCUAGCGAUCGCGAUCAGAGAGGAAUAUGCCACGUGGAAGCAGCGGAAGAACCCGGUUCCUCCCCCGACUAGCAUCAUAGUUAGCGACCCGAAUACUGUCCCACAAGCCAACCCGAACAAUAGUGCCCAAACCGAGAAAAAGUUAGAAGAAGAGAGUUCGGAUUCGAAAGGUCCGUCAGACUCGUGUUGUGCUAAUAUUUUCAGUCCACCGGAAAGGGGACAGGACUACACGAUUCUGCAGGCCCUCCUGAGCCUCGACAUGAUCAUACUCUUCAUCGCCACGUUCUGCGGGCUGGGUUGCAGCCUGACGGCAGUCGACAACCUGGGCCAGAUAGGAGAAUCCCUUGAGUACCCGAAGCACACCAUCAGCACCUUCGUCUCGCUCGUGAGCAUAUGGAACUACUUCGGGAGGGUGUUCGCGGGGUUCGUCUCAGAGACCAUAUACCUUAGGUGGAGGGUGCCCCGCCCUGUGAUAAUGAUGGUCGCCCUAGUACUCUCGGCCCUGGGGGACCUCCUAGUCGCGUUCCCAAUCCCCGGGUCGGUCUACAUCGCGUCACUUCUGAUCGGGUUCUCAUUCGGGGCCCAGCUGACCCUCCUGUUCGUGGUGAUCUCAGAGCUCUUCGGGCUCAAGUACUACUCCACCCUGUUCAACUGCGGGCAGCUGGCGAGCCCGCUCGGGUCGUACAUCCUCAACGUCCUGGUGGUAGGGAAGCUGUAUGACAGGGAGGCUGCAAAGCAGCUCGCCCUGAAAGGGAUGACCCGGGACAUGGUGAAGGAGCUCGUUUGCAUCGGGAAGCAAUGCUAUCGGCUUUCGUUCAUUAUCCUGGCUGGGGCGAAUUUGUUCGGGGCAUUGGUAUUGUUGAUAUUGAUAUUCAGGACUAAGAAGUACUAUGGAGGGGACAUUUACAAGAGGUAUAGGGACGAAAUCGCUGCUACUAAUAGAAGUACUAGCGACGGUCAUGAGAAGGAGUUGGCCCUCACUAGUAGUAAUGGUGCCAAAACUUAAUGAAGGGGAACUAGCCAAAGUUGACACAGGCACUUGAGAGAUGGCUAGGAUUUUAUUUCUGUUUUUAUUAUUAUUUUCUUUUUUUGUUUUUGUUUUUUUUGUUUUUUUAUCAAGUAGGUCUGCUUUGAUAGUUGAAGGAGAUUUCUCAGGGUUUGUUACAUCAUCCCUGUCUCCUUAAUUUAAUUACAUUGGAUUUAUAAAAAAGAGAGUAGGACACUGACGCACGUUUUUGCCUAGUAAUCAAUAGAUUUCAGGUUCAAUAUUUGUUGUGAGACUAUGAUACCUCUUCACUCCCUUGUAAGAAAAAAAUUUUAAAAAAAUUUACAUUUACUUUA